UCUUUAUUCUGAAAAUUCUUUUUAUUAACACCAAAUAUUUGAUUAUCCCAUCCAGGGGCAACCUGUAAGGACUUUUUAGGGUUAACUUUAUUUUGUUUAAUUUGUGCUUGAUUCUUGUUGAAACAUUCCGGUAUUUAAAAGUAAUAAUCGUCGCCUAUCUGAAAAUUGAACAGUUUCAGUGCACCCACAUAAAUUCCUUUAAUCUGAAAAUUGAACAGUUUCAGCGCACCCACAUAAUGAUGCCGGAGCAAUCGUUAACGAAUUUAUCAAUACAGGACAUAUCAUGGAUAGUGAAGAAGGAGAAACAAUUAUUCAAACAGAGCACACGGACACUACUAAAAAUAAAGAAGAUUCAACUAAAGAAAGCAGAAAAAAUAUUAUUGAACUGUCGUCCGACGAAGAAUGGAUUGAAGAAACUGAAGAAAGUGGAUGCUGUGACAACAUUACACGAACAAACAGAUGCGCAGAAUUAAAAUUGGACAAUUCCGAACUUCUGUGUUGUAAAAAAGAAAUUAAACGCGGUUUUGAUUUAUUCCACGUUAUACAUACAGGAAAACCUUCCCAUUCAAUUUGGUACAAUCCUAAAGAAACACGUUGCGAAGCCCUCGACCUUUGUACAAAAACGCAUCGAAUUUGCAAAUACUUUGACGGGAAAGAAUCCGAUUACAGCGGUACCCUACACACACACUGCAUAUUGGCAACCUAAGUACUCGAACGAGCAGAAAGAUCCUCUGAAGGUGAACACUUGCGAAUACGACGAGCUUUCUUUAGAGCAAGACAAUACAUAUGCAAAGGUUGUGCCGACAUCAACAGAAAGAGAUAUGGGCACCACUGCUACACAUGCAACGCAAGAAUUACGGUUAAGCACGUUACUACCCCUAAUUACAACAAGAAUGCUGUUGUCUACGUGCUUGACCGUGAUUAGCUAUGUGAAGGCCCAUAUCUCCUUUGACUUCGACAAUAUACAAGAAGAGACAAUAACAACACAAAGACAACCACUAAAAGCACAACUCAAAUGUAACUUUGCCGACUACCUAUUUAAAAACAACAUAAUGAGGCGUUAUUCAGUUAAUGAAACAACUAUUGGAAGGGUCGAAUACAUUGACUACAGAUGUAAUGUUCAAAGACGCGAUGCCAAUCGAUCCACAUCCUACUCUAAUAACUAUGAAUUCAUCAUCUAAAUUCGACAUUCUAAAAUGGCAUCCGUCUGAAUACCAAGCAUUUGAGAACCAAUGUACGAUACUCUUCUUAGGAACACCGCUACUUAAGAUAUUCAAUAACAAAGAACUACGGGAAAAUAAUACUUGAGGUCCUGAGUUGUUGUAUAUGUUAAGUAUGCACAAACAAGACAAAGAACAACCGACUGAGCACGUGCUAGAUAAAUUUCAAGAUUAUAUUUUUUUGUAAA